AUAUUUAGGAACGAUGAGUAUGGAGGAUUCUAAUAUGGACGAUGGGUCAGAAGAGGCGAAGGUUUUAACAGCUUCUCAGAGAAAAGCGUUUUAUGAGAAUAUUGAGCAGGAGAAAUAUGAGCUAGGAGAUAAUGAGAAUAUUAUUGACUUCACUACACCAGAGGGAGUUAAAAAGAUUGAACUUAUUAAGCCAAGAGUUACCAAGGUAUAUGAAGGACUUGAUGAAGCAUCAAAAGAUCAAAGCAUUAAUGCCUUAACAUACCAGAGAAAGUACCUUGAGUCUCUCUGUGAGGGAGAGUCUCCUUCUCUUCUCAAGCCAUUUCAGGUUUCUGAUUAUAUCCAGCAUAAUGAGUUUGAUGAUAUUAUUGAUAUACAGUAUGUCCAAUUGUGAGAGUGAACCAUUCCUGCCCAGAAUGGAAAUACGUGCCCUCCUUUAAUUAAAAUCAUUGAGAAUGGGGAGACUUACUUGAUUUUCCUUGUUUUCAAUUGAUGUGUUCAGGUGACUAAGCUUCAUCUCAAAAAUGGAACAAUGGAUGACAGAAUGACUUUUAAGCUGCUAAAUGAUGAGACCAUCAUGACCAUGGAUGCUAUCAGAGAUCAAUACAGCAUUUAUUUCGGCAUGGGAAGCAUAAACGGAAUUGUCUAUGCCUUUAAUUUAGCUAAUGGAUACAAAUAUGUAUUUAAGAACCAUAGCGAUGAAGUGACCUCAGUGAAAUUUUGUCCAGGUGAACAGAUAAAGUUACUUCUAUCCAUCUCAAAAGACUGUACCAUCAGAUUGUACUCUCUCAUGCAUGACCAACAGAUUGCAGUAUACCAAGAUCCUUUCAAUUUCUGGCUAAAAGGUGUCGAUGUCUCUUGGCAUGAACUUGGUGAGAAAUUUGUGUCUGUCUCUGACAGAGGAGGUUAUGAUCUUCUCCACUUUUUCUACCUUCCUCACAACGAGUACUACAACCAGUUCUCAGAAGUCGAUAAAUUCUUUAUUAAGCAACAGGAGAAGAACGAGAUCAUUGUCAGAGAGGAAGCGGGAGAUAAUACAAGUGAUGAUGAUACAGAUGAAAAGAAGUCGAGAGUCGCCCCAAGGCUAGACUGUCUGUCAUUCUACAGAGAAUACAAGAAUUGGAAAGUUGAUAAAAUUAAGCAGGUUGAGUAUUUUGGAGAUAUAUUCUUAAUAAGCCACCCAGAUUGUAUCUCCUUCUUAGCACCAGACACAGAGGAGGAAUACAUCAUUUGCAAGAAGAUACCAAUUCAAGAGGAAAUUAUAGAAUUCAAGAUAUCAGGAGAGUUAUUAUUCAUCCACACUCUAUCCAAAGUUUACUACGCUAGCAUGAUUGACAUCAUUGAUUCUCCUGAAUUGAUCGUAUCUGAUCUGGCUAGCUUUAAAGUGCCAAACCAAGCAAGUUCUUUAGUUUUCUACCAAAGGUUCACGGUCUCAGAGGAUGCAAAGGUGGUACUCACAUUUGACUCAAAUUCUAAGCUUACGAUAUAUUCAAAGAAAUAA